UUCUUAUAGGUCGCUUUUGAUGUUUGCUGAGGGAUCCUCCCAGGAAGUCGCGCGCAGCCCAGAGCUGGAAGUUGUGAAAGGGUGAAAUUAAAGUUUAAACGGGACGGUAGAAGCGCUAGGCAAACCCGCAGCGUGGGUGUCAGUGUGUGUGAUGUGAGGGUGUGUAUAAGUGUGUGUGUUCGUGUGUUUAUUCCGGAGUUGUUGCGUCCUGAGCUUUCUGUGCUCGCGCUGCUGUAGUAGCUUUAGCUUCACAGCGCUCGCGCACAGCAACAGGUAGAGCCGCGCGAUUACAAAACGUCACUAAUGGACCAGUGAUCGAUAAUCGGAAGUUCUGCGCAUCCCGAUCAUCCUCCUGCAGAUCAUAAACAUGACGCCUGACCUGCUUAACUUCAAGAAAGGAUGGAUGUCAAAACUGGACGAAAAUGGAGAGUGUGUGUGUGUGUACACAGUGGAAGAAACACUGGUUUGUGCUGACGGACGCUGGUCUUAAGUACUACAGAGAUUCUGGAGCAGAAGAGAAAGAGGAGCUGGAUGGGGAGAUAGAUCUCAGAUCAUGUGUGAAGGUCUCAGAGUUUGAUGUGGAAAGGAACUAUGGGUUUCAGAUUCAGACAAAGGAUGCUGUGUUUACAUUGUCGGCGAUGACGGCCGGUAUCAGGAGAAACUGGAUUGAGGUUCUAAGGAAAAGCAUCAGACCCAGCAGCUCUCCUGACCUAACACAGCUUCCAGACAGUAGCAGUGAUAAAGAAAACUCUCGUCAUCCAUCCUCCCGGCGUCUUCUCUCCCAAUCAGAAACUUCCUCCGCUCCAAACCCCACCCACCGCAGAUUUGAUUACGUUGAGCUGUCUCCUGUAGCCAGCCCCCUUGUCCCCACCCCAUCCAAUCAGAGAGAGGCUGGGGAAGGGCAGGUCCGUGAUCAUGGCCAGUGGCAAGAAGAGAGAGUCAGAGACCCUUCCCAAAGCGAAUGGGAGGGGGUGCUGCAUCGUAAGGGGGCAGUGACAGCUUCGGAACAGAAACGAAUCGAGGAGGAGAUAGAGAGGAAGUGGGCGGAGUUUGAGCGUCUGCCGCUCAAAGAGAUGAGAUCACUUCCUGCAUUGGGGUCACGGUCUGGCCCGUUAGCCAAUGAGGCGCUGCAGAGGGAGGUGGCAUCUCUGAGGCAGCAGCUGGAGCGAGUGCAGGGUGGUGGGGGUGUGUGUGGGGGAUGUGUGUGUGGGGAAAUAUGUGGGGGUGUGUGUGGUGUGAGUUUGGAGCAGAUGGAGCGUGCUCACAGACAGGCUCUAGAGGAGCUGCAAAGGAAGCAUGAGCGUCAGACAGCUGAGCUGGAGAGAGAGAGAGAGAGAUUACUGCAGGAGGAAACACAGGCUACGGCGCGUGCUAUGGAAGCCCUGAAGAAGGCUCAUAAGGAAGAGCUGGAGCGUGAGGUGCAGAAAGCUAAAAGCUUGGCGACACACACAGCAGGCACACAAUCUCUCAGAGACCAGCAGCAGUUGGAGUUACUCUCUCUGGGCAGAGAAUUGCAGGCUCUGUCUGAGCGUUACUCUCAGAAAUGCCUGGAGCUAAAUCGCGCCCAGCAGCACAGCGGAGAGAGGGAGAGAGAGAUCAAUCAGAAGCACAGAGAGAUAGAGCAGCUGAAAAAAGAAAACAAGGACCUGCACACUCGUUUAACAGAAGAGAUUCGGCGAAUGCGCUCAUUUGUCACGGGUCAAGGGUCAGAGGAGGUUGCUGCCAUUGACCAAAAGGAGCGUCCAGGUUGCGAGCUGGAGGUGUUGCUGAGAGUGAAGCAGAAUGAGGUGGAGUAUUUACAUAAAGAGAUCAUGUGCCUGCGGAACGAAGUGCAGUUUCUCAACACGGAGAAGCAGGGUGUGUGUGCACGCUAUAAGGAUGUGUGUGAGGAGCUGCGGGGGAUGAAGGAGCGCAGUGAGAGAGAGGUUCAGACUCUGAGGGAGCACCUGAGACUGGCCAUGGCAGCGCUGCAGGAGGGCCAGCUCCUCAGCAACAGCCUGCAGCACUGACCCCUAUUGGACACACAACAGCUGAAGUGGAGGAGCCAGGUGGAGCAUGUGCCUUGCAUUUCAAUCCAGUCAGCCAAUCAGCAGCAGGGAACUGCCUCAGCUAACCUGUCCUGAUACACUGGGUCGCUUCAAUCUGUCUCUGCACUUUUUAUCAUGUGUGAUUGCUGUCUUUUUUGUCUUUUUAUCUUUUAUCAUAUUGUAUUUUACUGAGAGAGAAUCCUUGAGUCUGAAAGACAUGAAUCAAAACUUAAGCACAUGGAGGAAAAAAACAUGGGACUGAACUGGAAUAUUUUUGCUCUCGGGGGCUUUUUUACAACAGGAAACUUGGAGAAAACCUGGAAAACCACAGGAAGAAUACUGAAACUGAAACUUGUAAACUCAUCUCAUCUACUGUGGCACGAUGUAUGUGGAUCCGUGCUCAUGUUUUCAUGAUUUUUCCAGCAUAGGUAACACACUGUUUAGGAUGGUUAUGUGUUGCUGUGUGUUUGUGUUGUGGAAAAUCUCAGUCCAGCACACCCCCAACACACUUCAACCCCAACAUUCUAUAAAACGUAGACUUCUUAUGUGUGUUAACCCCUUAAACUCCUCAAGUGUCUGUCUGUGCGAUGCACACCUCAGUUCCUCUCCCUCAUAGCUACAUAAUUUACAUAUUAGUCUAAUAGUAGCUAGUGAUUUUUUUGUAACAGUUAAAUAUUAAGAAUUGCAGUUAAUAGUAAUUCUGGAGCUUAAGGGGUACGUCACUUGGAUUUAUUUGUCCAGGUGUGUUACCUGUGUGUGCAGAGCUAUAGAGUGCUGGUCAUCUGGCUGAGACUGUUAGGCACAAAAUGUGGACGAUCAGGGGGUGAGUGAGGCCUGAGAUCCUGGAACAGUAGCACAGCUCACUAUUCUGAAGUCUGAGUGCUGCAGUGUCCGUCACUCUUGAGUGCCACAAAAACAAACAGAAACCCAGUUUUGCUUCAAUGAGCCAAUUUUGUUUUCUUAAAAUAGAUGCUUUGUUAUUCUGCAAAUGUUUUUACAUAUUUAAAGUAGUUAUUAUUUUACAAAUUAAUAAAAUGCAGGUUGCAAUUUUUGUAGCCUAAUUCA